GUGUAUUUACGACAGUCGCUAUAAAUUCAGUCAGGACUUUACACAAGACUCGAGUCGUCGACAGCUAAACACAUCGGUUGGGAGAAAAGGGAAGCGACAUCGGAAAAGAUUAAUAAAAUUAUUCGUUAUUUUAAUUCGUUUUAAGUGCAAGUUGCAGUAAUUAUAAAUGCAGUAAUAGUCGAAUGCAGAGAUUUUAAAUUAUAUUGAAUCGAAAGCCAACUAAUCUUUUCUGGCCUUAACAUGAAUAUAAUAUAACAAAUUUAACGAGAAAACAAUACCAAUAACAUUACAAAAAUAAGUCUUGGCACCAAGAAAGGCAAUUCUACAAAUCUACUAAAUCGUAAGGAUUCGGUAUUUGAAGAAAUAACUCCAACUAGGGGAAAUGGAAAAGCAGCCUGAGAAAAGUGAAAACUGCCAGAGCGUCUACAAUGAAACAACGAAGGCCAACAAACCAAAGAGACGCGAUAAAAGUGAUUUGGGACCAAAUUUUAUAGCGCCCGAUGGGGGCUGGGGCUGGGUUGUGUGUAUGGCGGCGGGGCUUAGCAAUCUUUCACUGUUUCCGGCUUUAAUGCAAUAUGGCCUCGUCUACAGAGAACGCAUGUCCCAAUUGGAGUUCGAUGCCAAGCAAAUUGCCACAAUCAUCAAUGCCAUGUUGGCAAUUUCCUCCCUGGUUGGGUUGGUGAAUGGAGCCAUGUUUAGAAGAUUCUCUUUUCGGCAGGUAGGCAUGGUAGGGAGUGUCAUGGUUUUUACUGGGGUAUUUCUCACCGUGUUUUGUGAGACAUUCAUGCAAUAUAUGCUGUGCUAUUCCACAAUUUACGGCAUCGGAUUGGGCCUAACCAUGUCGGCAAAUGCCCUGGCUGUCAAUGUCUAUUUCGAAAAUAAACGCAGGAAAGCAACCGGCUUUUCGUGGACCAUAACGGGUCUCGGACCUAUUAUUUUACCCUACAUCACAAUAUUUCUUUUGGACGUUUAUGGUGCUCAGGGUACCAUUUUGGUGUACGCUGGCAUUUCACUGAACACGUUUAUGUGUUCUUUGACUUUGCAACCUGUUCAGAGACAUGUCCCCAAAGCUAAAGUAGGUCCGGUUACGGAAGUUAAUAGACCACACGAAAUAUUUGAGUGUGAGUACUGUCAAUGCCAAAGGAAACGUAAACGUAGUAUCUUCUCUGGAGACUAUCUAUACAAAGACGGAGAGGAUUUGACAACACCUGGAUAUGAGAUUAUCGAGACCGGUACUCCAAUAAAAGCCGGAGCGAAUGAUGGUUGGUUUGGUUCAAAGAUAUCAUUGACAAAUGCAAAUACAUCCCGCCAAAGAGCAUCAAAACUAUUGCGGCAAAUUUCCCAGCAAGAUAGCGUGGGGAAGGGUGUCGGCUUCCAGGAGCAUGAACCGCAGAGUUCUCUGUACCAACCGAAUAACUUUCAUCGCGAAAGAAAAGUAUCCACUAAAUCGAUGGCGGAUGGAGUGCACUGUACCUGUGCCGAAGGACAACGACUCUUGCAGAAUUUAAGGCUAGAAGAACUUGCAAAAGAUCACCAUCUUGUGGAGGAGGAGCAGGAGGAAGAACUUCGAAAAAAUCGCUUAACUCUGUUGCAAAAAAUUAUCGUCUUCUUCGAUUUGGAUUUGCUGAAGGAUGUGACCUUCAUCAACUUGGUGGUAGGCAUGACGAUUAUGAUCUUUGGGGAAGUCAACUUCUCGGUUUUGACUCCAUUCAUCCUGAAUAGUUUCGGUUACACCGAUACUCAGAUAUCGAUAGCUAUGUCAUUGCUUGCCGGCAUCGAUAUAGCUGUACGCUUUCUCGCUCCCUUCGCCUUGGAGCGACUUAAACUUACGAACAGCAUGUCGUUUGCAAUUGGUAUUCUAGCCAUUACCGUUGGCAGGAUGGCCGUGACCGUAACGGAUUCGUAUUACGUUGUGUUGGCCAUAUUUAUGCUGAUUGGAUUUGGCAAGGGAUUGCGUAUGGUUUUGGCCCAACUCCUCAUUCCCAGUUAUGUCCCCCUGAAGAGACUGGCUGCUGCUUCGGGUUUACAGUUGAUAUUCAAUUCAAUUGUCUCGUUUACGUUGGGUCCAAUGUUGGGUACCAUUACGGACCAGUAUGGCUUUAAUGCAACCAUUCAUUUCUUGAAUAUCAUAACCUGCGUGACGUUGGUAUUGUGGCUGUUGGAGUUUAUGCUUAGGAAAGGCCAAAAGCCGGUGACACCUACCUGAUAUUAAUUAGGUUACUUUAAGUAUUUUAAGAACUAUUUUGUAUUUUAGAAAGGCUCUGUCAGACUUGAAUCAUAGAUGUAGUUCCCCAUUUGGUUUCAGUUUGUCAUAUUUGUUGUUAUUUUUUUAAAUAAAUAAUAAUUGACCGUUAGGCUUAAAAGUAGGUUUGCACUGGAUACA